GUGUGUAGGGUUUUAGGGUUUCAAUCAGUGUCACUUGCUUCAUCAAGAUCUCAAUUUGUUCUUCCUCUUCUUCCUACGGCCAUGGAGAGUCCUUCUCCGGCUUCAUGCUGGAGCAAUGUCGUGAAAUCACAACCAGCUCCAAAGCCUCAGCUUCAGACUCCGACCUCCUCCGUCCAAGUAUUCGCCGAUAGCUGCAAGUCCAGUAAAGGCGUUGCUGUUGCUGUUGUUGAUGCCAACGCCAUUAUCCAAGGGGGAGACAAGCUUUCUUCCUCCGCAGAUAAGUUUGUUUCAGUUCCUGAGGUUUUGGAUGAGAUUCGCGAUCCUGUAUCUCGCCAUAGGCUCGCCUUCGUCCCCUUCACUCUUGAAUCCAUGGAUCCCUCUCCUGACGCUCUAAAUAAAGUAAUCAAGUUUGCAAGGGCAACUGGUGACUUACAGACGCUUUCAGAUGUUGAUAUUAAACUUAUUGCUCUCACUUACACGUUGGAGACUCAGAUUCAUGGGACCAAACAUCUUCGUGAGUGUCCUCCCCCUGUCCACAUGGUUAAUACAAAGAGGUUACCUGAGAAAGACAUGCCUGGCUGGGGCUCUAACGUACCUAAUCUGGAAGAAUGGGAAGCGUUAGAGCAAGAUGCUGAUGAUCCGUCCAAUUCCACAUCAAAGAUUCUGCCUUUGCAGGAUUUAAACCUGAACAUCAUCCCUUCGGAUGGCCAAUCUGAAGAUCUUUCACUAGAGCACAAGGAUGAGAGUAACUUGGAGCAUCAAGAUGAAACUGAGAGUGGUUCAACAAGAUCAAGGAGAUAUCCUCCGAAGAAAAAGGAAAUUAAUAUUGAAGGGAAGAAGAUGGUGGCUGAUGGAAUUGAUGCAUCUCAGGGACAAUACGACGAUAAUGAAGGUGAUUGGACACCUGCUGUCAGUCGAAGCACUCAGAGAAGAUAUCAUAGGAGGAAAGCCAGACGUGAAUAUUAUGAGUCCUUAGCUGAAAAGGAUUGUCAGCAAGAUGUUGAAACCACAGAUGGUGACAUCCAAGUGGAAACCAAUGGAUCAGGUCAAUCACAGGAUAAAAUCUCUGAACUGCCAAAUACUGGAGAUGGGAAUGAGGGUCAGAUAGAAGAAGGGACAAACAAUAAUGAAAACCUCUCAGAAAUUUUGAAGCAGAUGAGGCUGGAAGAAGAUUCAUUAAAUGCUCUUCAUGUGAGUGCUUCCACAAAAGAAGAGUCUGGUGAAAGUGAGGGGGAGAAUGCUGUGGCCGUUGAGGGCACAAACGAUACAGUAAAGGAUGAACUGGAACACAUGGAAGACGCAAGUCAGACUAAUGAAAGUGUAGACACAUCAAAUGUAGAUGAUGUUAGCAGUGAUCAGAGUUGGAUGCUGAGAUCCUUGUCUGAAUCAAGUGUAGCUUGUGUCACUGGUGACUUUGCGAUGCAAAACGUUCUUCUGCAAAUGGGUUUACGAUUGUUGGCUCCAGGAGGAAUGCAGAUACGGCAACUACACAGGUGGAUUUUAAAAUGUCACGCCUGCUAUAAUGUCACAGCUGAAAUUGGAAGGAUCUUUUGUCCAAAGUGUGGAAAUGGUGGAACUUUGCGCAAGGUAGCUGUUACAGUUGGUGAGAAUGGAGUUGUGUUAGCUGCCCGUAAGCCGAGGAUUACUCUGCGAGGCACAAAAUUUUCACUUCCUCUACCGCAAGGUGGAAGGGAUGCCAUCACCAAAAAUCUUGUUUUACGUGAAGAUCAACUCCCACAGAAGUUUCUUCAUCCCAAAACCAAGAAGAAAGUCCAUAAGCAGCAGGGGGAUGAACUCUUUGCUGUGGAUGAUUUCUUCAGCCACCAUAAUACUGAUAAGCGGGCUCCUUUGCAGCCUCCCGUAAGGCAAGCGUUGGCCGUUUUCAGUGGGAAGAGAAAUCCGAACGAUAACCAUUACUCUCGAUCUAAGCAUAAAUAGACAAACAUUAUUUAUGGAUUUUGAUGUUCGUUACUGUUUUCAGAAUCUGCAAAUUUUGAUUAGUAUCUCAUGUGAUUGAGUUUAUGUAUUCAAAUUAUAAAGCUCAGCUUAAAUGAGUGCAAUUUUGUCCUCAAUUUCCUUCAAAA